UGCAAACAGAAACUAAAGAGUAGUACGAUCUGCGAGGAGGAACAACCUCUCAAGGUGCUACAAUGACAUACGCAAGUGACAGGCUUUAUGAUGAGGUUAUCAGGCGGAAUUUGGGUCUUUAUACAGAGAAAGUCAAAGCCAGUGAGAUUAUGGGUUUCUUGCCGUGCCUUACGAUCACUGAUAGGGAGGAGAUUGAAGCCAAAAAUAUCUCUGUGGGCAACUCUGCUGCUGUGCAGAUACUUUUGAGCAACCUACGCAGGCGAGGGAACUGGCCUGAAGAGUUAAUCAAUGCACUGAUCCACUUUGAACACACAACACUGGCUCAUCAGCUCAGUGAUGCUUAUGACAGGAUCAGGGGAAGGACGAAUAAAGCAGCUACUGCACCUGCACAAGCUCCUGCUUCUGAUUCCACAGCUGCUGCUGCUAAAACAAUGGUUACUACACAUACUGUCCCGGUGACCACUCCUCCCAUUCUGACUCCACCUUCAGUUAAUGCUCCAGCACAGACAACUGCUUCUUCCAACAUUGCAGCUCAAGUUCCACAACCAGCUUCUGAUCAGCAUGUAGAGCAAGUCCCAGCUCCAGCCACCUCUCCUGAACCUACUUCUCAACCUCAAAUUCUACCUCCUGUUGUAGUUUCCUCCCAAAAAUCUCUCCCUGUUGUCCCAACCUCCGAAGUGGCUUCAAGUAAAGUUUUAAACCAGGGUGGGGCAACUGAGAACGAAACAACCCUUUCAGACAACCCAGAUGGCCAAACCACCACCUCCUUUACUGAUGGUAAAGUUCUCUCCAGCUCAAGUGCUCCAGCUUCCUCCUCAAGCGCCUCUCUAAGCGACACUACAAACUCCCAUUCCAUCUCACAGAGUUCCCAGAACUCAGAGAAGGACAAGGUACAAAUAGCUGUUGAAGUGUCCUUUGAGAAGCUUCCAGUCCAGGACAACAAUUUUCCCCUAAAUAUGGAACCAGAAAAGUGCUCUGAUCCGACUGUAAAUGAGACUGGUCAGAGAACCAACACUGCCAUAAGAAUACCUCAGCCAACAUCUUCUGCCUCUGCUGAGGUAGUUAUUCACUGCCUCCCUUAUGUCAGCCAGGAUGAUUUCAGUAAACCUGACGUUCUUCGUCCAGAUGAAGAAGAGCCGUGCUCGACAACUACAGAUGAUUUGGAGAUCAGCAGGACACCAGAGCCUUCAGCAGAACUUGGACACUCCAGUAGUCUUGAGCACUCCAGCGAGCCUCUCUCUUCCAUCAAUGAAAGCUCAGAUGCUUCCUCAUCUCAAAACAUGGCUCAAGAGGACCACUAUGAAUCUUCAUGUAAAAGUGAAGCAGGAACACUGACCAGUAUAAUUCACUUUGCUGAGGAAGGAUCUGCUGAAAAUUUAAAUGGUCCGACACCAAAAAUGCUCGGUAACACAUUGAAUUCAUGUGCGGGUUCUGAAAAUCUGCAACAUAGCAAAGGAAUCUCUAAAGACCAGCCUGUCCAAAUUUAUGAAAACACUGAAAGUGGGGUUUGUUUUCGUAAACUGCCUGGCCGAGAUGCCAUCAGACCAUCAGACCAGGAGAGGUCAACAUCCAUUAACUACCAGGAGCAAGAAUCAAAUGGCGCUAAGCAAGCAAGUAGUCCUAAUGUAGGCUCAAGAGAAGAGGGUCAGACAACAAGACACAUAAAUAAACUCCACCUUACUGCUGCAGCAGCUGCUGUAGGCAUUGGCCUUUUUGUGGUCUGGAAAAUCAAUCACUAAUUCUAAAAUUUUAAAGUUAUUAAAACUACUGUCACGCUCAUGUUCGACUAAACAGUUUUAUUUUCUGUGCCUCUCAGGGAAAGUCUUAGUAGUUUGUGUUCUCUGUUUUCUUGUUGGGGCGCAAAACAGUCUGGAAGUAAAGGGUAAUGGAAAUGAGUUGUGCCCAAUGGUUAUGAAGGUGUUCGAUGAGUGAGCAUGUGUCCACUCUUACCUCAAAUGAGUGGCAUUCGGACACAUCGUGUUAAACUCUCCCGGAUCUUGAGCAUUUUUGGAGCGAAAGGUGAAAAACUACAAUCACGGAGGAUAGUGAUCCGUUACCAUAGGAACGACUGAAUCAAAGCAACGUUGAACUUUACACUCUGACUCUAUAUCUGACUUAUUUUAAGCAGUUUCCUUAAGGUGAGACAAGUUUGUAUGUACUGUACAGUAUAUGUUCAGAAAUAUUUUAAUUUUAAAUUAAUAAUUAAAAAUAAAUUUUUAUAAAAGAAUAUUUAACAAUGAUGAUAUAGUGUAUGCUUAUUCUUUUGUUUAGUUAAAAAUUUUAAAUGAUGUAAACGUUUUUCUGUAAAUCGUAUGAGAGGUAGGGACAGAAAGAAAAGACUAAUAAAAAGGUAAGUGGGAAUAAGUAAGUAUUAUUAGCAGCACCCAGGAUGCUAUCAUAAGCACUAAUCAUUUCUAAUGGAUGAUUACCCUUAGGUGAAAUUUGCUAUAAAAUACAAUUUGUCACCAGUGUUUGGGGGGGAACCGAAUGUACUGUAACAUGCCCUACAGAGUAAAACAUGUGAUCUUGACAAGUAAAAAUUAGGCUACUAUAGUUUAUGGGUGUUUAAGGAUUAUGUUAACUACAAGUUAAACACAUUUUACAGGUCUCAGUGCAAUGCUGGAUACUGACUGGAUAUUUCUGAAUUAUGACCUUUGUUCAUAUGUUGUAUAACAGACAUGUGUACAUGUGACAGGUGUACUAAUGUGAACUCAGAUCAGGUCACAAUAAGUGAAAUAAUGUUAUCGUUCCUAUAGAAAAAUAAAUCAAUUCUCAGGUU